GACAUUAGAAGGGUCUGGGAUUUGUUUAAAAGGAGCAACCAAAAAGCCUGCCAGAUACAGCAAAAGGGAUAUUAAACUAGGGCUUAUAUCGGCCAUUAUUUCUGAUUACUGGGGAGGUUUCAAGGCGCAAAAUAGCCGUGAUGAUUGGAAUCACUUUCAGAGUUUCUUGGUUUUGUUGCCUGGUAAUUGGCGGGAUAACCUUUCCUACAUCAAGCUCACUUAGGUCUAAAGGAUAUGGAAAAUACAUCUCUCCAACAGCUCAAUUGCAAGCGCAGCUGACCGAAGAGCAACAGAAACAUCUGGCCUCAAUCCUGCAAAAGCAACUGGCCCCCAUGCCCCAGGCACCUCAGAAAAUGUGGUAUCCAGCUCAAAUGCCCCAGCAGCAAAAGCAACCAGCUACUGGGCCUCAGCAGCAAAGGGGAAUUACCACCAUGCCCCAGAAGCAACCGGCUCCAAUGGAUAUACCGCAGAAACAACCAACAGCUAUGCCCCAGCAAACAUGGUAUCCGGCUCAAAUGCAGCAGAAGCAACCGGCCACCAUUCACCAGCAAGUGUGGCAUUCAGCUCAAAAGCCGCAGAAGCAAAAGCAACCAGCUACUGAACCUCAGCAGCAGAAGGAACCGGCCGCCAUAAGCCAGCAACCUCAGCAAGUGUUGCAUCCAGCUCAAAAGCCCCAGCAGCAGAAGCAACCCGCCGCUGCACCUCGGCAGCAGAUUGACCUGACCGCCAUGCCCCAGCCUCAGCAAAUGUGGCAUCCAGCUCAAUUUCCCCAGGAGCAACCCGUCCCUAUGCGUCAACUGCAGAAGGAUCUGACCGCCAUUCCACCACAACUGUGGCAUUCCGCUCAAAUGCCCCAGCUGCAUAAGCAACCGGCUGCCAUGCUUCAGAAAGUGUGGCAACUGGCCCCAUUCCCCAGCAGCCUCAUGACGUGUGGUAUCCAGCUAAAAUGGUCCAGAAGCAACGAGCCGCUGCAACUCGGCGGCAGAAGGAACUGAUCACCAUGCCUCAGCAAGUGUGGUAUCCAGCUCAAAUGCCCCAGGAGCAGAAGCAACCGGCCACCAUAACGCAGCAAGAGUUGCAUCCAGUGCACGUUCCCCAGCAGCAACAGGAACCGGCCACCAUACCCCAGCAAGUGAGAUAUCCAGGUCAAAUGCCACAGAAGCAUCUGGCCUCCAUGCCUCUGCCGCAGAAGCAACCGACCGCCAUGCCCCAGCAAGGGUGGCAUCCAGCUCCAAUGCUGCAGACUCAACUGGCCCCAAUGCCUAUCCUGCAGAAACAACCAACAGCUAUACUCCAGCAAACAUGGUAUCCAGCUCAAAUGUCCCAGCAGCAGAAACAACUGGCCACCAUGCUGCAGAAGCAACCAGCCCCAAUGCCUCAACCGCAGAAGGAACAGGCCACCCUGCCCCCGCAAGUGUGGCAUCCAGCUCAAAUGCCACAGCAGCAAAAGCAACCAGCUACUGAAACUCUGCAGCAAAUUGAACCGACCGCCAUGCCCCAGCCACCUCAGCAAAUGUGGCAUCCAAAUCAAUUUCCUCAGGAGCAGAAGCAACCAGCCCCUAUGCAUCUACCGCAGAAGGAACUGACUGCCAUACCCCAACAACUGUGGCAAACGGCUCAAAUGCCCCAGCAGCAUAAGCAACCGGCUGCCAUUCUUCAGCAAGUGUUGCAUCUAGCACAGAAGCAACCGGCCCCUAUGCCCCAGCAGCCUCACGACGUGUGGUAUCCAGCUAAAAUGGUCCAGAAGCAACAAGUCGCUGCACUGACCGCCAUGCCGCAGACGCAUCAGCAAGUGUGGCAUCCAGCUCAAUCUCCCCAGCAGCAGAAGCAACCGGCCUCCACCCCUCUACCGCAGGAGCAGCCGACCGCCGUAUCCCAGCAAGUGUGGCAUCCAGCUCAAUUUCCCCAGGAGCAACCCGUCCCUAUGCGUCAACUGCAGAAGGAUCUGACCGCCAUUCCACCACAACUGUGGCAUUCCGCUCAAAUGCCCCAGCUGCAUAAGCAACCGGCUGCCAUGCUUCAGAAAGUGUGGCAACUGGCCCCCGUUCCCCAGCAGCCUCAUGACGUGUGGUAUCCAGCUAAAAUGGUCCAGAAGCAACGAGCCGCUGCAACUCGGCGGCAGAAGGAACUGAUCACCAUGCCUCAGCAAGUGUGGUAUCCAGCUCAAAUGCCCCAGGAGCAGAAGCAACCGGCCACCAUAACGCAGCAAGAGUUGCAUCCAGUGCACGUUCCCCAGCAGCAACAGGAACCGGCCACCAUACCCCAGCAAGUGAGAUAUCCAGGUCAAAUGCCACAGAAGCAUCUGGCCUCCAUGCCUCUGCCGCAGAAGCAACCGACCGCCAUGCCCCAGCAAGGGUGGCAUCCAGCUCCAAUGCUGCAGACUCAACUGGCCCCAAUGCCUAUCCUGCAGAAACAACCAACAGCUAUACUCCAGCAAACAUGGUAUCCAGCUCAAAUGUCCCAGCAGCAGAAACAACUGGCCACCAUGCUGCAGAAGCAACCAGCCCCAAUGCCUCAACCGCAGAAGGAACAGGCCACCCUGCCCCCGCAAGUGUGGCAUCCAGCUCAAAUGCCACAGCAGCAAAAGCAACCAGCUACUGAAACUCUGCAGCAAAUUGAACCGACCGCCAUGCCCCAGCCACCUCAGCAAAUGUGGCAUCCAAAUCAAUUUCCUCAGGAGCAGAAGCAACCAGCCCCUAUGCAUCUACCGCAGAAGGAACUGACUGCCAUACCCCAACAACUGUGGCAAACGGCUCAAAUGCCCCAGCAGCAUAAGCAACCGGCUGCCAUUCUUCAGCAAGUGUUGCAUCUAGCACAGAAGCAACCGGCCCCUAUGCCCCAGCAGCCUCACGACGUGUGGUAUCCAGCUAAAAUGGUCCAGAAGCAACAAGUCGCUGCACUGACCGCCAUGCCGCAGACGCAUCAGCAAGUGUGGCAUCCAGCUCAAUCUCCCCAGCAGCAGAAGCAACCGGCCUCCACCCCUCUACCGCAGGAGCAGCCGACCGCCGUAUCCCAGCAAGUGUGGUAUCCAGCUCAAAUGUCCCAGCAGCGGAAGCUACACACUGCCAUGCCACAGCAGCAACUGACCGCCAUGCCUCAGCAGAAGCACUACCAAAGCACUGAAGAUGGUGCCUUUGGUAGCGCUCAGGCCAGCAUCGUUGAACAGUCGGGUGUCAUCCCAAUCUAUUCCUACAGUUCCAAAUCGCACUACGAGAAUGGCAGAACUGUCUUUUCCCAAAUCAGCUACACUCCUAGGGAGGCAAUGCCUGUUGACAGUGGAAAUGCUCCCAAGGACGAUUAUGUUAGCUUUGGUGCACCAAGCAUAUAUCCACCACUAGUGAAGGAUUCUGCAAGAUAAUGGUUCACUUUAACCUGCUCUGAACUUUGCUCUCUGAAUUUGAAGUCCUUUGUACUAACCAUAUAUCUAUCAACAGGAAAAUGUAAUGGAUUCAUCCU